CCGCAUUUUAUCCGUUUCAUUUCGCAUUUUCUCGUUGCGGAUGGUGAGACUGAGAUGCGAAAUGAAUUGCUAGAAAGUGAAAAAUUCGAGAAUACGGACUGGGUGCGCGUAGAUGGGGACGCCGGGGAUGCAGGACGGGGGUGUUUCGGUGAUUGCGGCGGCGAUGGUGGCGGCUCCGGUGGAUCAGGCUGGACACACGGCUGCGGCGCUCAGCCUUUCGUCUCCGAUUCGGAUUUUUGUGUUGUUCCAUAAGGCGAUUAGGAACGAACUGGACGGGCUUAAUCGAUCGGCUAUGGCUUUGGCGACGAAUAGGAGUGGAGGAGAUAUUAAGCCGUUUAUUGACAAAUGCCUUUUCGUACGCUCGAUUUACAGGCACCACUGUAAUGCUGAGGAUGAGGUUAUCUUUCCUGCACUUGAUAUCCGUGUAAAGAAUGUGGCAAGGACUUAUUCCCUUGAGCAUGAGGGGGAAAGUGCACUCUUCGAUCAGCUGUUCACAUUGCUUGACAGCAAUACAAAAAUUGAAGAAAGCUAUAAGAGGGAGUUGGCGUCUUGCACGAGAGCCCUUCAAACAUCUAUCAGUCAGCAUAUGUCCAAAGAAGAGGAGCAGGUGUUCCCAUUGCUCAGUGAGAAGUUCUCAUUUGAGGAGCAGGCAUCAUUAGCGUGGCAAUUUUUCUGUAGCAUUCCUGUAAAUAUGAUGGCAGAGUUCUUACCAUGGCUUUCCUCAUCAAUUUCACUAGAUGAGCGGCAAGAUAUGCGCAAAUACUUGCAGAAGAUAAUCCCUGAUGAAAAGCUGCUCCGGCAGAUUAUGUUUACCUGGAUGGAUGGAGUGAGGAUGUCCAAAAAGCGUAAACAUUGUGACAAUGAUCCUAGACACACUGGCAGUUCCUUUGGUCUGAUGGAGAAAGAACAUUGCUUCAGUUCUCAGAGUGAUGGGAGAGAUAUUUCGCCUUCUCCUUAUUGUCCUUUGGAUGAUAUAUUGCAUUGGCAUAGGGCAAUUGAAAAGGAAUUACAUGAUAUAGCAGAUGCAGCUAGAAGUAUAAAAUCAAAUGGAGAUUUCUCCGAUCUAUCUGCCUUUAAUAAGCGGCUUCAAUUUAUAGCUGAAGUCUGCAUUUUUCACAGCAUUGCUGAGGACAAAGUUAUAUUCCCUGCUGUAGAUGCAGAGAUAUCUUUUGUUCAGGAGCAUGCCGAAGACGAGAGUGAAUUUGACAGAUUUAGGUGCUUGGUAGAGAGCGUUGAAAGUGCUGGAGCCAACUCAUCUACAGAAUUCUAUUCAAGAUUAUGCUCAGAGGCUGAUCAUAUUAUGGAAACUGUGAUAAACCAUUUUCAUAAUGAAGAAGUUCAGGUUUUUCCACUUGCAAGGAAACAUUUCAGUCACAAACAGCAGCGAGAACUACUGUAUCAGAGCUUGUGUGUGAUGCCACUGAGAUUGAUUGAACGUGUUUUGCCAUGGUUGGUUGGCUCAAUGAGUCAAGAGGAAGCUCGCCAUUUCCUAAAUAACAUGCACAUGGCGGCUCCAACAUCAGAUACUGCUUUGGUAACUCUGUUCUCUGGUUGGGCGUGUAAGGGUUGUCCUGGAGUAAUCUGUCCAUCUUCUUUUGCAAAUGGAGGCUGUUUUGCAAAUGAGCUUCCUGAAUCAGAAAAAUCUUCAAUGCCAUUUCAUUCUUCUGCCUGCGCAAGUGAAUUAGAUGCAAGAGUUACUUUUGCAUGCAAGUGUGUGAAUUCAGUCGGAGAAAGAAAUCCAACUUCAAAAGAAACUGCUUCAUCCAAUACUUCAGGAGAAGAAUCUCUAAAAGUUUCUCCGCCAAACCAGUCUUGUUGUGUUCCUGGGUUAGGAUUCAAUAGCAGUAAUCGAGGAAUGAGUUCCCUAGCAGCUGCAAAAUCUUUGAGAUCAUUAUCUUCUGGUUCAAGUGCUCCUUCUCUCAGCUCCAGUCUUUUCAACUGGGAAACAGAAACUAGCAGCAAUGUCAGUGGCUCUACCAUUCGACCUAUUGACAACAUUUUCAAGUUUCACAAAGCAAUUCGGAAAGAUUUGGAAUUUCUAGACGUUGCAUCUGGGAAACUUAGCAACUGUGAUGAAAAUUUCCUCAGACAGUUCACUGGUAGAUUUCGACUUUUAUGGGGCUUAUACAAGGCACAUAGUAAUGCAGAGGAUGAUAUUGUAUUCCCUGCCCUGGAAUCAAAGGAAACACUUCAUAAUGUCAGCCAUUCUUACACUUUGGACCACAAGCAGGAAGAACAGUUGUUUGAGGAUAUCUUCUCUGCCCUUGCUGAGCUAUCUAAACUACAUGAAAAUUUGAGUUCCAAACAUGAAGCUGAAAAUCAACAUGAAAGUCUUUCUCAGUCUUCAAGAAAUGCUAGUAGUUUGAAAAAAUAUAACGAGCUUGGGACAAAGAUCCAGAGCAUGUGCAAAUCUAUUAAAGUGACAUUAGAUCAUCAUAUUAUGCGUGAAGAAGUUGAGCUGUGGCCAUUGUUUGACAGACACUUCUCAGUGGAGGAACAGGACAAACUUGUUGGCCGCAUAAUUGGCACAACUGGAGCAGAGGUACUUCAAUCAAUGUUGCCUUGGGUAACAUCUGCACUUACUCCGGAAGAGAAAAAUGAAAUGAUGGACACGUGGAAACAGGCCACCAAAAACACAAUGUUUACGGAGUGGCUUAACGAAUGGUGGGAAGGGACACCUGCUGCAACUUCACAGGUAUCCACAUCAGAAAGUAGCACGCCACAAGGAUAUGAUAUACAUGAUUCCAUGGACCAGAGUGAAAAUACAUUUAAGCCUGGGUGGAAAGAUAUAUUCAGAAUGAACCAAAAUGAACUUGAAUCAGAGAUAAGGAAGGACUCUAGUGACUCUACUCUUGAUCCACGGAGAAAAGCUUACCUUCUUCAGAAUCUAAUGACAAGUCGCUGGAUAGCUUCUCAACAGAAAAUUUCUCAAUCAAGAAAUAACACUGCUGAAGGCGAGGAGGACUUGUGUACUCCAUCAUUUCGGGAUUCUGAGAAAAAGAUCUUUGGAUGUGAGCAUUACAAAAGAAACUGCAAACUUCGUGCUGCUUGCUGUGGCAAGUUGGUUGCAUGCAGAUUCUGCCAUGAUGAAAUCAGUGACCAUUCAAUGGAUAGGAAAGCAACAUCUGAAAUGAUGUGCAUGAAUUGCCUGAAGAUACAGCCUGUUGGACCAGUUUGUAUGACCCCAUCUUGCAAUGGACUCCUCAUGGCGAAAUACUAUUGCAGUAGCUGCAAAUUCUUCGAUGAUGAAAGGGAUGUAUAUCAUUGUCCUUUCUGCAAUUUAUGCCGAGUUGGUACAGGACUUGGGAUAGAUUUCUUCCAUUGCAUGACCUGCAAUUGUUGCUUGUCUAAGAAACUGAUGGACCAUAAGUGCAGGGAGAAAGGUCUCGAAACUAACUGCCCUAUAUGCUGUGAUUUCUUGUUCACAUCAAGCACAGCAGUCAGAGAUCUUCCCUGUGGCCAUUACAUGCAUUCUGCUUGUUUCCAGGCAUAUGCUUGUACGCACUAUAAUUGCCCUAUUUGCAGCAAAUCAAUGGGAGACAUGUCGGUAUACUUCGGCAUGCUUGAUGCAUUAAUGGCUUCUGAAGUUCUUCCGGAAGAAUACAGAAAUCGAUUCCAAGACAUUCUAUGCAACGACUGCAACAGAAAGGGAAGGGCACCAUUUCAUUGGUUGUACCACAAGUGUGCCCUAUGUGGAUCAUACAACACCCGAGUAAUUAAGGUUGAUCCAGAUCCUAACUGUUCAACAUAGCUUCCUGGUUCGAGAAUUUGUGGUUUCGGAUGAUGACUGUAAAAAGCAUGAUGGAUUCCACAUGGUGGAGGCAAUUCAGGUAUCUUGCCACUUCUAAGUAGUUAAUUUUUUUUGUUAUUGACGCAGCAGUUAGUAAAACUAUGGUAAUGAGGAGAAACUUUAAAAUGUUACUAUGACCUUGUUUAAUUCAUCUAAACUCUUCCAAUAAUUAUGUAAAGCUAUACCAA